AUCACUAUUGGUUUUCACGUUUGGUUUUACGUGAUUUAAGUUGAAAUGGAUUCAGAAUAUGAAAAUUAUGAUAAAAUAUUUUUAUCAAUGGCACAAAAUAUGGAAGGAGGAAUAGAAAAGUUCUUGGAUGUCUUAUUCAGCUUUCUACGCCGAAAAACGGACUUCUUUACUCCAGAAGCUAAAGACAAAGCAUAUUCUUUGGUUAAAAGUCGAAUGGACUAUCAGUUUUCCCUUGUCAAAGAACAGCCAAAGAAGCCCGAAAAGCCACAACCACGCAAAGUCGUUAAUGAGCCUCCACCUGAAGAAGAAAAGGUGACCGAACUAACUGACCAAGAAUUUGAGAGACUACAACAACAGAAUAUGGAAGAUUCAACACCAGCUAAUGGAAAUAAUUCUGAUAAACUGACAGAAAUUCCUGAUGAAGAAGACGCUGAAGAAGACAGGGGAAAAUUGGCGCCAAAUUCAGGAAAUGGCGCGAAUUUGGAAAAUUAUUCAUGGACUCAAACGUUACAAGAUAUUGAAGUAUUUUGCAUUAAAUGUCACUUUCAGCUCAAAGUCCCCAUAAGACCCCCCUCUGGUGGAAGAUUGCGAGGAAAAGACGUGAAUGUCAAAAUUUCCAGAAAAAAUCUCACAGUCGGACUAAAAAAUGCGACACCGAUAAUCGACGGAGAUCUCUACGCAGAACUAAGGACAGAUAACUGCACGUGGGUGGUUGAUGGAAGCACAGUGACGGUGUUUUUGGAAAAGGUUUGA